GAACAAUCAACAUUAUGUGUACUGAAAAUAAUUAUGCAUACCUCUUUUUAUUAAAUAUGGCUACAAAAUGUGGUUCAUUAUUUGUAUUUUAUAGAGCUGUGAAAAAAGUCUUUCUAAAAUUAAAGUUACAGUAUUAAUUUUCUUCCUUAACACAUUUAAAGUUUUGAUUUCAGCCUAAUUAUAAUUAGCACUACAAUCUAAGAAGUUUGACCUCAAAAUUACUCACCAGAACAUUGCUUUACAACCUCCA